AUGUCGGGCCGGAGAGCCGUUCUUUCUGCGGCAAGACUUAACCACAUUCAUCUCAAAUCGUCUCAGUCUCUCAUAAACCCCUUCUCAACAGCGAGAGCAACAUCUCCAUCUGCACGAUGCCUCCGACAAUAUGCCACCGCCUCUCAAUCUCACUCCCGCCCCGUUAAGAGAUCCCGGAAAAUCCCCAUCCUCAUCACCACUGCCAUCCUCGGCGGCACCAUCUACUACUUCUCAUCCUCUUCCAAACCCACUCUCCUCAACACAGAAACCUUCAUCCCCUACACAAUAACCUCCCGAGAAGCCAUUUCUCCCACCUCAUUCGUCUUCACAAUCUCACCUCAUACCCCAGACCCUUCUCUCCCGUAUCUCACUCCCUCUACAUCCUCAUGGCGCUACCCCCUUUGGUCUGUCGAGUUCAAGCAGCCCCAGGUCCAAAUCGCCCGCCACUACACGCCUCUUCCCCCUCAAGAUUCCGAAGAUCCGGCUGAUGGAUCUCUUCGCUUCUACGUGCGCGCCAUCGGAGGCGGCGAAAUGUCGACGUACCUCAGCCGUCUGGGCGUUGGGCACGAUGUCUGGCUGAGAGGACCGCACGUAGGAUUCGAUGUCCCCGCGAGGCUCGGCGCAAUGGACAAUGUCGUCUUCCUCGCCGGCGGCACAGGCGUCGUCCCAGCGAUGCAGGUGGCCAAGGCAGUGCUGGAGCGGAGCCCAGAUGCGCAGGUGAAUAUCCUGUGGGCGGUACGCAAGAGGGAGGAGCUGCAGCGCGUCAGCAGUCCGAUACCGCGGCCCUCAUGGUGGCAGUUUUGGCAUGCGAAUAGCAGCAGCAAGCCAGUCGAAUUGCAUGCUCAGCUGCAGGAUCCUAGUCCCAUAGCGCAACAGCUGAAGGCCAUGAAGACGAAGUAUGGCCAGCGACUGCGUGUGCAAGUCGCCAUUGAUGAGGAGCAAACGCAGUUCCGCGAGGCAGACCUUCAAACCGCCAUCUCAGGGGGACAAAAUGGGCGUCUCCCGCUUAGCCGUUCUACCACAGGCCCCGGAUGCCGACUGCACGACUCAGCAAUGCUCGAGAUGGCCCCUGAGUUUGAGACCCCCGCCACAGCGGAGGAGUGUAGAUGCGGGCAUGGAGCUGGGAAAAACCUCUUCAUGGUUUCGGGGCCGGAUGGCUUCAUUGCUCACUAUGCUGGACCCAAGAGAUGGCUGGGUGGCCAGCAGGUUCAAGGACCGGUGGCUGGCGUGGCAGCUCAGCUUCAGAGAAGAUACCCAAAGCUGGCAGACGACUGGCUUGUGCUGAAGCUGUAG